UCUCUUUCUCUCUCUUUUUUUCUUUCUCUCUUUCUUUCUCUUUCUAUUCUUCCCGUUCUUCUUAGCCCUUCGUUUUGUUCAAUACAAACCUUGAAAGGAGCCCUCGCAACAGGCGUCUUCGCUCUAUAAUUUACAUCAUACAGACACACCAACACACACACACACACAUCAUGGCUUAUCCACACAUAUGAAAGACAGACACAGCAGCAGAGUCAAACCGAUAGCCUUCUGCUUUCGCUCUCACAGAUUCGCGAUCUAAAUAUCAGCUUUCUAGCCAGUAGCACUAGGACUGCUGGGAUGAGUGUAGAUCCCCUACUCCCACUCCUCUUCUCCGUUCUUGUUACUCCCGACAAACGUCGCCUUCCCCCCCCUAUCUGCAUCCUCUCAUUCCUUCUACACCAUUCAUCCACAUACAACGCUAAACGGCAUACUAGUAGAAGCCCGCACACCCUCGGUUCUACAUACUAGUGGUACGUUACACAACAGACAACAAAUCAGACACACACACACACACACACACACACACAGAAAGCAAACAACACCAAUACAUCAUGCCCGAAAGUAUGCGAGUAGAAUUCUAGCGGCCGUUUGUAGCAUGAGUUUGCUAGAUUAUUAUGAUCGUGCUAGCAAAGCAAAAGGCGAAAGAUAGCAGAACAUAUGCAGCCGAAAAAUAAUGAAUAAGAAAAGCGAGUGGAAGAAGAAUACGAAGAAAAGAGCAAACGAAAACGAUAGGGGUGGAAGUGAGGAGGUAAACGCAGAACAAAUCUAUCCUUCACCAAUCUAUAUUAUUGAGACAAGAAAAAAAAACAACAAAAUACUUCAAAUAGCGUUCUUUAACCGAUUAAUUUAUUAGUAUUUUUUCCUAUCGUACAACUGGUAAUGAUCGUCAUAGAAUAUAAACGGAAGGAAAUGCGCGCAGACAAGCGAAGAGUGGCAAAGUGAAGCAAACCACAAAAACACGCACACACACACACACACAAACACACACACACAAACACAUAGACACAUAUAUACAUACACACAGUGGAUAAAAAACGGUAAUUAAAAACCUAGUCAAAGCAGUGAAGGUGGUGAUGAUGGUGGUGUAACACUAAUCCCAAAAAACAAACAAUACGAUUGAAGGGGCAAAGGAGUAAGAGUGGAUGCGAAUGGAAUGGAGGGAGAGAGAGUGCCCGGAGCGAGGUAUAGGAUCGUGGAUGGUGCACGAGGCCCUGGGAAGUGGAAGGGGGAUGGGGAGGAAGGUAUCAGACUAAAGGUCACGCCUAUAGGAGGCGCUGUAAAGAGCAAAACAAUGGUCACCGGCGAGAAGAGAUGUUUGAGUUGACAGCAAAGCAAAAAGCCACAGUAAACCAAAGAAAGCGGAAGCUUCGGCUCCAGCAGCUCUCUUCCUCCUCUAAAUUCCUGUUGGCCACGUUCCGCCCGCCCGCACACCACCCCAGCCCGCCUUCCCUUCGACCGAAGGUCCGUGUGUAAAGCUCCUAGCGUGUAAUUGAACCCUAAAAAAGCAAGCAAAACCAAAGGAAAUGAAAAGAUAGAGAAACAAAAACCAAUACUUUACCAAAAACUAGCGAAGCAAAAAAAAAAACUUAACUGUUGAAUGCAAAACUUAGCAACGUCAUGGACAAUGUUUUACGAAGCAGAAAGCAGAAACAGACGAAGAAGAAGAAGGAGAGGUGGAGAAGUAGGAAGAGGAAGAAGAAAAAGAAGAAGAAGAUGAUGAUGAUGAUGAAAAAAGAUGCUGCCAUCCCAACUCUUGCGUCCUUUUAAUAUACAUAAUAUAAAUUAAUCUCUUACUGGUUCCCAUCGAAGCGUUCACCAAAACAAAAAAAAACAAACAACCAAAAACAACAAAAAAGCCCAAAAACAAGGAUUUUCCCGAAAUCGAAGCAACAAUGCAAAUAGCGC